AUGGCCGCCUGCAACGACAAUGGCCUCCUUCUCAUAGGAAAUUACGCUGGGCACCGGCCCUUGCUGACCAAUACAUUCUUCCGCUUGCCGAUGCGUAAGAAGGCCGCCUGGAUGCAUCAUCGAUCGCGACACUGGAAGUUGCUGGACUAUGCUCUCGUCCGAUGGCGAGAUCGGCAGGGCGUGAUGAUGACCAAAGCGAUCUUCGUCGACGAUGAUUGGAGGGACCACUGUCUCGUCAUCUCCAAGAUGAGGCUUCGUCUGCAAGCCUGCAGGCCACAACGUAAGCGACUCCCAGGCAAGCUGAAUACUGCUUUCUGGUAUUUGCCUGUUCACUGUUCGCCUUUCGGCAAUCAACUGACCCAGUGGCUGGAAGACCUGCCAGCUGCAGAUGAAAACUUCUUCGUGGAGACUCGAUGGUGCCAACCGUUAGACACCGUCCUCCUGCUCGCCCUGGCUGUCCUCGGCCACGACCUUGCCAGCGCCAGACUGGUUUGA